CGGGCUGGGGAGGGCUGUGGGGCCUGACCUGCCGACUUCCCCUUGCAGAACCCGGCGGGUGCCGCGUCUCCCCGGGCCUCCAUCGCUUCCCACCAGCAUGUUCCAGGCCGCAGGAGCCGCCCCGGCCGCCCCCGCUCAUGAAGCCAAAGGCGGCGGCGGCCCCAGCACUGUCCAGCGCUCCAAGUCCUUCAGCCUGCGGGCCCAGGUGAAGGAAACCUGCGCCUCCUGCCAGAAGACCGUGUACCCCAUGGAGAGGCUGGUGGCGGACAAGCUCAUCUUCCACAACUCCUGCUUCUGCUGCAAGCACUGCCACUCCAAGCUGAGCCUGGGCAACUACGCGGCGCUGCACGGGGAGUUCUACUGCAAACCCCACUUCCAGCAGCUGUUUAAGAGCAAAGGCAACUACGAUGAGGGCUUCGGCCGGAAGCAGCACAAGGAGCUCUGGGCCCACAAGGAAGUGGACCCCAGCACCAAGACAGCCUAAGCCCUCUGACCAUCCACGCCCUCUGCGAGGGCCUGGAGCAGGACAGUGGGCAGUGUGGAAGAGAUUGGACCUGGGCUCACGCGGGGAGACAGGGUGGGAAGGGGUGAGGCCUUCUUGCUCCAGCAGAGGGUCAUGGGGGCAGGGCUCUGCUCCGGGAUUCCUUCAUUCUCCCCAGUGGGUGGGGACUUGGGAACCAGGGUUGGGGGUUGCUCACCACCCUGCUUCCUGCUUCUUUCACCCUAUCCCGCCGCACCCCCUGGCUCUCUGGGAGGCCCCCAAGCCCAGCUUCCUUAUCUAGGUGCCUUUUCUCCAGCAAGGAGUCAGCAUGCCCCCUCAGGGUCCUAAGCUCCCUCACUGCCACCUGGGGCCCUGUGCGGCCCCUUUGUCUCCCCAUCUACCUCUGUCCUUAGCCUGGUUCUGAGCCAUGGAGACUUUGGAGGAAGGAGAGCCGAGCGCCUCUGCUGGGCCUCGCAGAAGGUCCGCCAGGGCUCUGGGGGAGGGGAGGGAAAUGGCAGGGCAGGCCCCAGUGGGGCUUGGGACCGGCGCACACCACCCGUGCAUAUCAAGAAGCAGAAGCUAAAGCACCUGCCAGGCUGAGAGCCACAGAGACCGGCAGGGAUCUGGCGGGGGCCACACUCCCUUCUUCUUUCUGCUGGUUCUGACCUGUGAUCAACCCUGUUUUAAACAUGUUUCAACAGAUCCUGA